AUGUAUCCCUUCAGUUCUCUGCUGGUGAUGGGCAGUCUUGCCAUCCAAGCUGUCCUUUCUCUACCUGACCCAAGCAGGGUUAAGGAACGGGAAGCGGAGAUCUUGAAACGCUCCGUUGACUCUUUCAUUGCCACGGAAAGCCCGAUUGCUUUAGCUGAUAUGUUGUGUAACAUUGGAUCUUCAGGGGCUUGCGCUUCCGGAGCAAGCUCGGGAAUUGUCGUUGCUUCCCCAGACAAAGUUAACCCGAACUAUUUCUAUACAUGGACACGUGACUCCGCUCUCACUUUCAAGUGUAUAGUAGAUACAUUCGUCAACAGCUAUUCUGCGUCCCUUCAGACUGAGAUUGAGAACUAUAUCAGCUCGCAAGCCUAUCUUCAGACUGUCUCGAACCCGUCAGGAGGUCUUUCCAGUGGUGGUCUGGGAGAGCCGAAGUUCAACGCUGAUGAAACGGCCUUUACCGGAUCCUGGGGUCGACCGCAGAGAGAUGGACCUGCUCUUCGUGCUACUGCUUUGAUCACAUACUCCAAAUGGCUGAUCAAUAAUGGAUAUACGUCUACAGCCAGCUCCUUGGUUUGGCCAAUCAUUCAAAAUGAUCUGUCCUAUGUGACACAAUACUGGAAUAAUACGGGCUAUGACUUGUGGGAGGAAGUCUCCGGUUCAAGCUUUUUCACAGUUGCCGCUCAACACCGUGCUCUUGUUGAAGGCAGUGCUCUUGCAGCACUUCUUGGAAAGUCUUGCACAUACUGCGAUUCUCAAGCUCCUCAAGUGCUUUGCUUUCUACAAACUUUCUGGGGUUCUUCUCAGGGAUACAUUCUUGCCAACAUCAAUCAGAACAAUGGACGGACUGGGAAGGAUGCGAAUACUCUCCUUGGAGCUAUUCAUCAAUUCGAUCCUGCUGCUGGCUGCGAUGCAACCACUUUUCAACCAUGCUCUGAUCGUGCUUUGGCAAACCACAAGGUAGUCACCGACUCGUUCCGGUCUAUUUACACAAUCAACUCUGGUAUUGCUGAAGGAACAGCUGUAGCAGUCGGCCGUUAUCCAGAAGAUAGCUACCAAGGUGGAAACCCAUGGUAUUUGAACACUUUGGCGGCUGCCGAGCAGCUCUAUGAUGCCUUGUACACCUGGAAUAAGCAGGGGUAUAUCACGGUGACAUCAACCUCGCUGGCUUUCUUCAAGGAUCUCAGCUCUUCUGUUACUGCAGGCACAUACGCAUCCUCAACUUCGACCUAUACAACUUUGUACAAUGCAGUGAAGACUUACGCCGAUGGCUAUGUGAAUAUCGUGGCGACAUAUGCUCAAUCCAAUGGCUCCCUUGCUGAACAGUUCUCCCGGUCAAAUGGAGCACCGCUUUCAGCUUACGACUUGACUUGGUCAUAUGCCGCCUUUUUGACUGCCGCGGCUCGCCGAGCAGGCGUUGUUCCGUAUUCGUGGGGAGAACCAACCGCCUCUAGCGUCCCUUCCGUUUGCUCUUCAACCUCAGCCACUGGCACCUAUUCGACAGCUUCUACUGGAUCCUGGCCGGCCAAUCAGACACCAAUUUCAGGCGGAAGUAGCACAACGACCACUACUACUACAACCGGGACUGGGUCGAGCACAUCAACCAGCACCACCACCAGUUCUUGCGCAGCCGCAACCUCCGUUGCCGUGACCUUCGACGAAAUCGUCACUACAACGUACGGCCAAACAAUCAAAGUUGCUGGAAAUGUCGACAUUCUUGGGAACUGGAAUACCGCAAACGCAUAUGCUCUGUCUGCUAGUUCGUACACCUCGAGCAAUCAUCUGUGGGAUGGUACAAUCAACUUUGCUGCCGGAGCUGUCAUCCAGUACAAGUACAUCAACGUGGCGAGUGAUGGUACUGUGACUUGGGAAGCCGAUCCCAACCAUACUUACACCGUCCCUGCAACGUGUGCCACUGCCGCUACGAUUAAUAACACCUGGCAAUAG